AUAGGUCUAUCAUGAACAAAUAUACGGACUUCCUUUGAAAAAAAUUGUUCUGCUUACAUGGUCUUGAACAAAAUGGAAGUGGAGGAAGCAAAUAAUUUAGCCAAGAAACGUUCUGCGCUCAAUGAUGAAGAACAAACCAAAACUGGACAAUGUAAGAGGCUCAAGCUUUCAGAACCUGGUAUAUCUUCAGGCCAGUCUGGUAUUGGUAAGCAUGCUGAAGUGCUUGAAAGUGGUUUGCAAGCCAUCUCAUCUGAUAUAGAAGGGAAAGAAGAUGUGGAAGAAAUAGACAAUGCUGUACUUGAGGAAGAUGAAGAAGGUGAUGGAGACAGUUUUGCUAAUAUGAUGAAAUAUGGCUUAGUUGAGCAGGAUGUUGGAAUCACAAAGUUUGUCAGCACUCACCAAGGUUUCUCAGGAAUUCUAAAGGAAAGGUAUUCAGAUUUUGUUGUUCAUGAAAUAAACAAGGACGGGAAGAUAGUUGUUCUGGAUGACUUGUCUGUACCAGCUAAUAAUGAGGAACCUUCAGAGGACAUUUUUUCUGUUUUGUCUGACCAAGAUAAGCAACGUUUAGAAGAUCUUCAACACUUGAAGAAUAAGGAAGACUCUGUUGUAAUAGAGGUAGUUGAAGAUACUAAGGAAAAAAGAACAGUUAUUCAUCAGGCUGUGAAAAGUCUCUUUCCUGGGCUAGAGACUAAAACUGAAGAAAGGGAUGGAAGGAAAUUUAUUGUAGCUUACCAUGUGGCUGGGAAGACUGCGUUGGCAAGUAAGUUUUAUACAGUGGAUGAUCUUCAUAGAUUUGACACUUUGACAAAUUUCCUAAA